CUCGUGGUAGGGUCCAUGUAUUAUCAUCACGAGCCGACGGGUGGGUCUGGUCUGAGGUCCUCUGGGAGGUCCUCUGGCAGGAUGAACGUGAGCUCCUUGGGCUUGUGGAAGUCGGGGCAAACCUUGCUGAGAUGCGGGUCCGUGUUGACCUACACACACACACACACACACACACACAGGGAGAGUGAGAGAGGAUGCAAUGCGUGGCGUGUUUCUGCUCUCAAUGGGUGUCUGUCUUUGAUACGUACGUUGGGUAUUUCGAGUGAAUUCUCGUAGAUGAGCCCUCGCCAGCGGCGCGAACGGCGAGCCUCGAGCCACUGCAUGUACCGAUGGUGGUCUGACAUACAGAAACACACGACAUUCACACACACACAAAGAAAGAAGGAAACACAUGACAUCCUCCAGGAAUGCAGCUAAGAUGUCUUAUACGUUGAUCGGCCCACUGACCAUAGCUCUGGCCGUACUGGAUCCACCAGUAGUUCUCGAAAUACUCGUCGGCAUCGAGGCGCCCGUCGUUGGGCUCGCGCGCCUGCAUCACGAACGCGAUGACGAUGGUGGGUCCGAAUGUCUACACAGUACAUACCGCACACACAACACACAACACAGGGGCGUUUGUCGGCACGAUCGAUCGGCCGGGCGUGCACCUCUCUGCCUGCCUGCCUGCCUGCCCGUUUGUCUGGCUGGCAAGUGUGCUGUAUACUUACGUAAAAGACCCAGGAGCCCGUCCAGUACAUGGAGCGCGAGUAGGCGAAGACGGCCGUCAUGAUAAUCUUCCAGUCAUACUUCUGCCACCAAAACGACAGGUCGAAAUACGUCGUCAACUCAUCUGUCGACACACACGACAAGCAGUUGGGAUCUCUGUCUUUUCGACUCCCCUCCUUCAGGUACCUUACCUUCCGUCAUGGAGUUGAGCCAUCCACCAUAGUUGAGGUUGGCCCCGUGGUGCUCACACCCGGUGUGCAUCGGCUCAUGAGGCUUGUACGGACUGAGAAAUUGAUCACACAGACACAGACACAGACACAAGCACGGACAGGUGACCAGAGAUCACGAGACACGCAGCAGCUCCGCCCUCUCUGCGUCGCUGUGCCCUUCACGUGGGGCCUCCCUGCCGGCCUGCCUGACGCCGCCCUGCAGCGCCUCCUUGCCUGUCGCUGCCUGAUCUGCGUGGCGUGUUGUGGUCUGUCUGUCUGUGCUGACUCACUCCGAGAAGAAGGGGCAUGACAUGACGAGUUUGUCCAUAUCGAGUCCCUUCCAGGGCCGCAGACUAUCUCGCACCUGCCCCGGCCAGCACUGCGUUGACUUCUGGGUGAACCUGUGGGACGUCACCGGCAUGUUGCAGCCGUACCGUGGACUGAGCAGCAACGGCGACCCACGCCGCGCCACACACCGGGCGAGCGUCAUCGCGCCCGCCGAUACCUGCU